CCUACCUAAAAAAGUGACGAAUUUCCUUAAAAUAAUAAAUAAAAAAAAGUGUGGAAUUCUCCCUUUUCCCUGCACUCUUGGCUCUUUCGUUAGCCGUAUCUCUUCUCUCUUCCGUCGCCGCUAAUCUUGUCCGCAGCGCCGACGAUAUCUCCUCUGCAGCAUCGACGCAAGAUCCCCGUCUCCCUCAAGCCUCCGCGGUCGCAGAGGAAAGCAGCCACCCUACCUUCCUAGCCGAUUUCAAGCCAUAAACCAAGCUCCUCCAUGAAUUCGGAAAAUUUCAGACACAUUGCAGUGGGAUCAAAAGAAAAUAACAUGUUCUCUGAAAGUGAUGAAGCGCAAGAGAUAUUGGGGAACAAUUGCCUUGAAGAUGUGACUUGGCUUUGUUCAUUGUCUGAAUCCGAGCUUGACAUGCUAAUUAGUUUGAAAAUGCUGGUAGUACAACGUGCAAAAAUAGUUGGAUAUGAUAAACUAGCUCACAAGUUUAACCUGAAGAUGCUUCGGGCUCUUGGGCUCAUUCUAAUGGAAUAUCUCAAAGAGAAAGUCAAGGACAUGUCACUUGUUCCAGACUUGGCCGAGUUGGCUGCAUUUAUAGAUUAUUCUAAUCUAUUAAAGUCUAGUGUUGAAAAUAUUUUGAGCGAAGAGGAGAUAAAAGAAUGUAUAGGGUCAAGAAAGAGACGCAGAAACAGAGGACUGAAAAAUGAGGCUGUGAGAAAUCAGAGCAAACGAAGGAAACGGAAGUGAAAACUAAUGAAGCGUAGCAAUUGAAAAGAAGCUCAAAUUUGUAAAGUCGCCUCCAAGCUAGAGGACUCGACUGAGCUUUUGGUAUGUUACUCGAGGCCCCCCUCGUCACAGAGAUGUUCAUUUUUAUUUAUUUAUUUAUUUUGUUGUCCGGCCAUACCCCAUUGGGAAACGGUGUAUCAAUUUUGAGAUGUGCUCUUCGCAUCAUCAUUCACCAUUGUAAAAAUCAUCACAUUGUUAUACAACAUGAGAGGUUCGUACCUUUUAUCUCAUAGUUUUUAAGAAUUUUUAACCGUUAUCUUUUCCAUUUUUAGUUGAUGCUGAUCCAAACAAGUUUAUUACUUAACACCAUAUCUUUA